AUGCAAGGAUCUCCGUACAAAGGCUUUACUUCAUCUGCCUCUCGAGCCGAUGAUUCAAAAUGGCCAUCUGAACAAAAAUCUCUGUCAUUAAAAUUGCAAGACGCAAAGCAGAAUAAAUGGGGCUGGGUUAUCUACCGAUGCACCUACGACGACGACGAGGGGUGGGCACGAUUCAAGCAAAUUAUCCAACAAAGAGCCCUCGAGUGCGCUGCUACAUCUGAUGCGCCGGAGCUCGCAGAUACCCUCGAGUGGGUAUUUGUUGAAGAUCGCGACACACUUGACGGCGCUUCCAGACAUUAUCUUCGCUCCCGCUUCAAGGCUUGGGCAAAAGAUGCGAUUGAAUCAGAGGACCCAAACUCGGAGAGCUUCAAUGCUGGAUCCUGCAACCCCCGAUAUUCUUAUUUUGUCCAAGUCGAUGAGUCUUCGUUGAAGAGUGUUGUAUACGAGGCUCCACAGCCGCCUGAUCACGACUUGGAUGGUGAACUGGGUGCCAUCAAGCAGGUGGCCCGAAGAGAACCCCCCGACCUCAGAUCUUUUAACCGAGGAAGACGAGACUUAUGA